AUGGCAGCGCCAAUCAACAGCGAAACCAAUGAAAUUUACACUAACGAGUUGUGGUCCGAGGACGGGGCAAUGGCUAUGCUGGAGGCUGAACUAUUGAGAAGCGACGCCGCACCUGCCGACGCCGGCGUCGACCUGUUUGAUGAAGACAACUCAUUAAUGGAACUAUUGACCAGAGCUGAGAAGCAACUCAAGGAACAAAACCUCUGGCAGUAUCCACUUCAUCAAACGGUUCGACGCCAGCAACAGGUUUCCAGCCCCGAUCACCCUCCCCCUUCAUCGCCGCAUUGCCAGCAGCUUGUGGUAUACACGUCGCCACCACCCGCCACCCGAGCUGCUGCGAUCCCCCCCGCCUUCACCGUCACAUCACACCAACAAGUCCGGAUACCCCCCGCCCCCACAACAAGAAUCCCCCCCGCCUUCACCGUCACAUCACACCAACAAGUCCGGAUACCCCCCGCCCCCACAACAAGAAUCCCCCCCGCCUUCACCGUCACAUCACACCAACAAGGAUGUCCCCCCGCCGCCGCCUCCGCCACCGCCGCUCAUCCUUAUAGACGUCCACGCGCAAUCUUAGGAUCUAACUCUAUGCGGCAUGAAUUUGAUUUCGAUGGUCUGAUAAGGUUUUCAGAUCCAUCCCGACGUCGUACAAUUGCGUUAAAACAUUUAUCCGAUGCAUUUCAGUAUCCUGUUUUAGGUGCGCGUGUUGUGCGCUCCUACAACAAGGAUGCUGUUAUCAUUAGGGUAGCAAAUGUAGGACGUCGGGGCAACGAAGAUGCCGAAAUUGAAACUUUCAUGCCGCAUAGAUUUACUGCUAAGAUUACGCGUGCGAAUGUGCAGUCAUUUAAUUCAGGUUGCCACAAUUUAAUAAUGCAAGUUGUUCACAGCGAAGGUCGUUCCUCUGAUAUAAGGCUGAAUCGACGGUCGCGGCAGCGGCCGUAGAUUCAGCUGAUCAGAGGAACAUUUUUAAAUUAAUAAUAUUUAAAAUUUUAAUUUUU